AUGGAUGUGAAGUUCAAGUCUGUUUCUGAAGGUGAACAUGAAGAGGAAGAAGAAAACAUGCACUUUCUGAAAUCUCUUCAGGAGUUAAGAGAAUUGAGGUCUCAGCUUCAUUAUGCUGCUGAUUAUUGUGAAACAACAUUCAAGGAAAGUGAAAAGAAAAAAGAUGUGAUGGAAAAUACAAAAGAAUACAUAUGUAGAGCUAUGGUGACUGUGGUUGAUCAUCUUGGAAAUGUUUCCUCCAAUCUUGAAGGACUUAUUUCUCACACAAAUUCAUUUUCUGAUGCUGACAUCAAAAUUCAAUGUCUCAAACAAAGACUUUUCUCAUGUGAACAAUAUGCUGAUAAAGUCUCCCUCUCAAAUAUGCAAUGGAGGGAGAGAUUGCCAAGAUUUCAUACAAGAUAUUUAUCAUCAUCUCCUAUCCUUGAGAGAUCACAAGAGAAUUUGAAGCCAGCCAUUGCUACAAACAACAAGCACAACAAUUUGGCCUUUGUGAUGCCUGUUCGCGACGGUUUGAAAGUGUUGGCGAAAGUAUCGAAUCCUACAUUUCAUUUCCAAGCUACUCCAAAGGUUGGGCCGCGCCAUAGAAGAUCGUUGCACGGAAGCGAUAUCUUAUGGCUCAUUAGGCGCACGAAACAUUCGCAUUGA